CCGUAUGAUUUGAUUCUAACUGGUGAUAGCCUUCUAUCACUUUCUAUCAGCUCAGUGAGGCUCGUCUUAUAAAGCUUCUCCCAAGAUUUUUCUGCAUUUAGUGUAAAUUGACUAAAUUAAAUGACAUUGCAAUUUAUAUGCAGACCAAUCCAGAAAAAAAUUUAUGCAGAAAGAAACUUUUCACACUACGAGGAUAAUCCUCAGUUGGCACGUCGACCGAAGCUUUUGCAGAGGGCGAUUUUAAUUCAUCUUGAAGUAAUCCUAUAUUAUAACUGCUCGCGGCACAGGACACUCCAAUACAAGCUUGCAUAAAUGCCCGCCAUUAUUUAUAUUGCUUUUGCGGUGUUGUCUGCGGCCAUCUUUUCAACAAGCAUCGUGUUAAAUGGUCUCGUCUGCCUGGUGUUUUACAAGAACAAACAGUUUCGUAACCCGCCCAAUGUUUUCGUUAUCAGUGUUGCCGCCAGCGAUUUGUUGUUUUCAACGACCUCCGUACCACUGCACAUUGUUGCAAACGCUUAUGGAAAGUGGAUUUAUGGAGAAGAAGGUUGUAAAGCCGCUGCAUUUAUAACAUUUCUGUCAGGACUGACUUCUCUGAUGCAUUUAGCAGCCGCUUCUUACGAGAGGUACGUUGCUGUUGUUUUCCCACUUACAAGCCGUAGAACUGUCACUUUCCAAAAGGCAAUUCGCAUGUCAGUCGCCGUCUGCUUGUACGCUUUGUUCUGGAGUGUGAUGCCAUUGUGUGGCUGGUCAGGUUUUGAGUUAGAAGGAGUUCGUACGAGCUGCUCUGUGAGGUGGAAGUCGCAUAACAAAAUCGAUUUGUCCUACAAUGUUUGUAUAAUAUUCUUUUGCUUUGCAUUCCCAGUUAUUUUAAUAAGUUUUUCGUACUUUCAAUGCUGUAAGGAAAUUAUGAGUUCGACAAGAAGAGCGAAGAGUACAUGGGGAAAGUCGUCCAGCUUUACGAGAAAGUCCUUUGAAAUAGAGCGCAAGAUUGUAGUGCUGUUUGGAGUGAUGACCGUGGCAUUUCUUGUGGCCUGGACACCAUAUGCCGUUGUAUCACUGAUUACAAUGAUUGCUGGACCUGACGUCAUCAGUGACGUCGCUGCAUCCGUCCCAGCAUACACUGCCAAAUCAUCAGCCUGUUACAACCCUAUUAUUUAUGUGUUUCUGUACAAGAGAUUGCGGAGGCAGAUCUAUUUCAUAUUACGAAGAAGAUCUAGUAGAACUAGCAAACAGUCAAACGAAAGCGAGACAUGGAAGUUCGGCGAAAAUUCAGUGAGGCGUUCCCCCCAAAAGCACGUCCAACUUGUCCCAGACGGAAACGGCAAUUUUUAAGGGGGGAAACACGGUUCUUGUUUCGGAGGUACCGUAAAGCUUGUUGAAAACCCCACUGUUUUAGAAACUCUAGUCAGUGUUACAGGAUGUUCGCUAGCGUUACCGUUUACAACGGAAAAACAGUUAAAAUGGACAUCUCUAGAUGAGCUGCUGAACUAUUUCGAGAAAGCGAUAUCACAAUAAAAAAUAGAGUGCGAAGUCCAGCAAAUCCAGUUGUCACACGCAUAGUUUUCAGGAUUUAAUAUUCUUUGUUAGGGUCUAAUAAAGAUUAAAGAUACCAAUAACGGCACAGAGAUGAUUAGUGGAGAGCACUAAGAUACUGGGUAAAGCUUGACACAUGUCAGUUAGACAUUGGCUAUAGAGUGUCAGAAAAACGGAUGAGAAACAAACGUGUGCGCCAACGGAAGAUGUCUGAUAUUGAGAUGUAUAUCUAUCUAUUUGCCAUACAAGACCCUUUACUUCACGUUAAAUCAAGUCAGGAAGUUAAUUUGUCCGGCUGCGGACAAUGUAUUGAACGCCUUAAACAUUAACAGCAUAUCAUCAAAGACGUCUUUUGUCUCUUAACGCAUAGAGCUUCAAAGUCAC